AAGUCCCCUUUUAGUUUCCGCUUUGGACAAAAAGUUUCUUCUGCCGUAAAGACCAAACAAAAACAUGGUUCAGUGUAGCAACAAUGUUCUCGGGAUCCUCAAUUUCUUCACCUUCCUCCUCUCAAUCCCGAUUCUCAUGGCCGGGAUCUGGCUCGGCCAAAAUGCAGCCACCGAGUGCGAGCGUUUCCUCGACAAACCAAUGGUGGUUCUCGGGAUCUUCCUCAUGUUCGUCUCCAUUGCAGGCCUCGUCGGAGCUUGCUGCCGCGUCUCCUGCCUCCUAUGGCUCUACCUCUUCGCUAUGUUCGUCCUCAUAGUCCUCGGAUUCUGCUUCACCAUCUUCGCCUUCGCCGUCACCAACCGCGGCGCCGGCGAGGUUUUGUCCGAUAGAGGGUAUAAGGAGUACCGCGUCGGCGAUUACUCCAAUUGGCUGCAGAAACGAGUCAGUAACGCUAAGAAUUGGGAUCGGAUCAGGAGCUGCUUGAUUUACUCCAACGUGUGCUCCACUUUCAACAGUCAUUACUCUAGCAUCACCGUUAACGAAUUCUACCAGACCAAUCUCAAUGCUCUUCAGUCUGGUUGCUGUAAGCCGUCUAACGACUGUAACUUCACCUAUGUGAGCCCGACUAAUUGGACCAAGACCGCUGGUCCAUACACAAACGACGACUGUAACGUCUGGGACAACAAACCAGGAACUCUAUGCUACGACUGCCAAGCCUGCAAGGCCGGUCUGCUCGAAAACCUCAGAAAAUCUUGGAAAAAAGUGGCUCAGGUGAACAUUGUCUUUCUCGUAUUCCUCAUUAUCGUCUACUCCGUUGGUUGUUGCGCCUUCAGGAACAACAGGAAACGCAGCUGGUCUUAGAUCCUUUAUGCGUUGAGAUAGCAGAGAUGCCCUCCAACUAAGGACUGAGACCAAAGGAGAUAUCUGAAGUGCCAUCAUCCGACUAAGUAAAUGUAGUCCUUUAAAACAACUCCUUGAUCGCUUGUCUUGUGUGUGUGAGGUUGCAUUUCAAUGUAUUUUCUCUGUUAAACUUGCAACAUAUGUCUAAAUGAGUUUACAACAGCACUUGCUUUGUGCUUUUAUUUCGAGUCUUUUG